AUGUUCGUACCAGCCAAUAAUUUUCGUCUUUCUGUAGCAACCACUGACUACCCUCGAACUCUGAUCUAUCUUCUUGACUGUGUCAUUAUGGUAGUAGUAGGAUGCGAUAAUAGCUGGGUCUUUUCCUAUUCUUCAUGCUAUUUAACCUCCGCCUUACGACCAUCUCGUCGCUUUUCUUUUACUCAAAACUCGCUUUUUCUAUAUUCUAUCUCUUUUCCUCUUACUUUUCCCACUUUUUGCUGUCGAAUUUUUUUCUUUCUUUUUCUUCUGUUAGUCUUUGCCCCACUUGCAUUUCUCUCUCCCAGUUUCUUAUUAAUUAUCUUACUCUCCUCCUUUUUUCGCAGAUUUUGUUAUUAUUUUUAUUCAUUUUUACAUGGUUUACUUUCAAUUUCACUUUUUAAUUAUCUUAUUCUUAAUUUGAUAUUCUUUCUUUCUUUCUUUUUCUCUUUCUUUCUUUCUUUCUUUCUUUCUUUCUUUCUUUCUUUCUUUCUUUCUUCGUUUUUUUUUUCUUCCUCCGAUAUUUUAUUUCAUUCCGUUUCGGCUUUCGGCUUUCCGCCUAGUUAA